AUUAAAUCCACGGAAGUUGCUCCGUUUCGCAUUAGCGCGUUAUUCGAACUUUUUUCUCAAGGUUCAUCUCUUCUUUCUCUUUAUUCCGUCAUUCAAAGUUGAAAGUCGCUCGAAAAAAUUUUUUUUAACACAGAAAUUGCUUCUGACGAGAUGAAUUAGCCCCUGGAGGUGAUAAAAUACUCUGAAAAAAUUGUGGAAACGCGAAAUAUGUCGACGCACGCGUGAGGCCGCAGAGGUAAACGUGAGACUCUCCCGCGCAGUCUUGCCCCGUGAAUAUUUUGUUUGAGCCCGAGUUUCGGAUAAAUCUACGAUUAUUUUGAUCUAUCAAGACACGUGACUCAUCCCCAUCGACUCCGUAAUCAGCAAUGGCAGGCAAACGAACAGCAACGUCGGAGUUGAAUCACGAGAACUGGAACGCUGAGGACGAGCCCGAGGAGGCAGGAACGUUUGCUGUUGCUGCUCAGGAGAUUCUGGAGAAGCGGGUUGUGCGCACCGCCAAGAGGAGACUUGGAGCCGGCGAGGGACCAGCAAAAAACGCUUUCGGAGCAUUCGCAGGGUUCAAAACGACCCCACCCCCUAUGACAGCAGCCUUCAGUUUCCUAAAAUCAAACUCCACUCCAACAAUCGCCCCCUCUCAACCCUCAACAAUGUUCUCCCUGACAUCCUCCAGCAACGGUUCAGCGAAGAACCCGGAGAAUGGGCUGUCAUCAUCAUCGAUGCCCUCGAUGCACCUGGGGAAGGCCCCAGAGAGCCAGCAGAAGGAUCCACCGAAGGAGAAGAAGGAGACGAUAUUCAAGGAGUCCUCUGAAUACUUCGCUAAACUCAAGGGACUAAACGAGGGUGUGGCCCAGUGGAUCAAGACCCACGUGGACGCCAACCCCUUCUGCAUCCUGACUCCCAUCUUCAGGGAUUACGACAGGUACCUCAAGGAGAUCGAGGCGAAACGUGAGGAGCAGACGAGUAAAGGGUCAGAGGAUGCUAAAACUUCUAAAGAGCCUGCAAAACCUACUUUGACGUUUGGAGUGCCUCCAAAGGAGUCCUUAGAGACCUCAGACUCCGUGUUCUCUGGGAAGACCCCUGCCACCCCAGCAGGAUCCAUCUUCGGCACUGAGACCCCUGGAAAAUCAGUUUUCGGGAAUGCUGAUGGGAAAGGGGCAUUUGGAAACGACGUGAACCCAUUUUUGAACAAGAAUAAAGAGACCUCGGAUAAACCUGAGAAGAAGGAGGAGAAGGUGGAGGCGAAGAGCAUGUCGUUUCCUCAGACGACGACAGGGACCUUCAGCUUCGGUCAGAGCUCCACCACUGGCACCAGCUCUGCCAGCUUCAGCUUUGGCACUGGAAAACCUUUCUCGUUUGGAACCAGUGUUGUUGCUCCACAAGCGUCUGAGGGCAAGGACGAUGCUGACGACAAGGAGGAUGACGAUGAACCACCCAAGGUCGAGUUUAAACCUGUUACUGAAGUGGGGGCUAUUUAUGAAAAGAGGUGCAAAGUAUUUUUCAAGAAAGAUAAAAUCUACAGUGAUCGAGGAGUAGGAGUUCUCUUCCUGAAGCCAGCGCCCAAUGGAAAGACUCAAUUAAUCGUUCGUGCUGAUAAUUCCCUGGGUAAUCUCCUUCUAAACACCCUCUUAACCGAAUCAAUUCACACCCAACGGAUGAAUAAAAACACAGUAAUGGUGGUCUGUUUGCCAUUACCCGACUCCCAACCACCCCCAGUUCCAGUGCUCCUCAGGGUCAAGACCAGCGAAGACGCUGAUUCCCUCCUCGAGCAGCUCGAGAGUAACAAAAAGUAAAUAGCUAUCAACUCAUCAGCCAGUAUCGAAAUUUCGAUAAAUCAAACUUUUGGGAUGAUAUUCAGGGUGAUUUUGGUAAAUUACCAGUGGCAAGUGUAUGAGUGAUGGUAUGAAUGAAGCGAGAAGCUUUAGAAAUUUUCAGUGAUCUUUGGCUAUUUGUCAAAUUCUUCGUUCCACUGAUGAUGAAAAUGAGAUAUUUUUAUGGGUAAAAAAAAUCUACAUGACGAUUAUUAGCAAAAAUUGGGUUCAUUCGAUUGAUCACAAUUUUCGGAUGAUGACUUAAAAUGAAAAUUCUUAUUAGAUAAUUUGCUUUUUUACUACCAUUCGUUUAAAUGUGAAACUGAUGUACACUACGAUAAGCACUUGUAUAUAAUAAAGAAGAAAUA